AUGGAGGUGGUCUCUGAACCAAGUGCUCCAAGUUCCCCAGCUCCAAGUUCUCCAAACACUCUGGCUACUCCUCAAGCAUUCCAGCCUCCAAAUCAGCUGUUGCCCAGCCCUCCAAGCACUGCCCCACGCACUUCAAGCCCUUCACAGCUUGGCGUACCAUGGUAUGUGGACUUUCGUCCCAACUGGGACCAGGUGUCAUCAGCCAUUCGACUUAGAGUGGAAAAAGAAGAAAGACCAUUGCCAGACCAGAGAAAGGCCUUCGUGGUCGUGCUCGUGGACCAAAUGAUGCAGCACGACCGCAACCCAUCCAGAGCCAUGUGCCACAGCGUUGUAAGAAACAUUGUCAGGAACCAUCCAAAAACAUUUGGCGACAUUGGCAAGCACGGUGAUACUGUUGGAGACGGAUGUCACUCUCUUCUGCAACAAGUAAAAACGAGAGUGGAGUACAAAAAUAGGAAUAAUACUCUUGCUCAACGCCGCAGACAAGGAAGACCGCGAACGGGAAUGGAAGGAGAGGCCAGACUGGCAAGAGGUCCUGUUGACCAAUACGGGUGUAUGAGGUGGGGCCCAGCAGAUUUGCCAGAGGGGGAGACCGAGGCAACGUUGGAGAAUAGGAAGAGGGAUCUGCUCAACAUCUACUCAGAGGAAGGAAUGAGUGGGGCAGAGAGAGCAGAACCAAUAAUGAAAAAGACAUACAUCAUCCUGCGGAAAUACCUUAACAAAGAGCCUGCCGCAGAGAUGUCCGAGAUCAAACUGGAGUGGCCGUUUCUCUUCUCUCAGAAAUGCCUAUUCUCACACUUUGGCAUCCUGACGGACGUCGAUGUCCUUCAAAAACUACAGGAGGCAAUUACUCGACAAGGACAGACCAUCCUGGAUUACUGUGCAACACUGGACAACCCCAAGAUCCGCGAUGUUCUGGCCCGCUAUGAUCCAGACUCUGACAAGGCUGCCUGCAUCCUGCUGCUCCUAAUGUCAUACUUCAAAGAGCGGAAGGAGAAUUUGAUGCUUGAAGUUGAUCCAUGUGCCACUGCUGUGGACGUUAAUACUGCAGAACUCCCCAGCACCCCCUGUUUGAUCAUUCAAGGUGACAUGAUGAAGCCCUCUGGAUGGCUUAUAUCCAUCGAGGGACAUGUCGUAAUGGGCCCACACCCUUUGUUUUUACACGGAGUAGCUGCUUUCUUCAGCAGCUAUUACGUCUUCAACCUUGAGUAUCCUGCCGCUGGAUCGUCAACGCUGGAGUUUAUUAACAGGUGCUUCUUGGGCAUCAAUCCUGAAAGAGGCUCAAAAACAAAGAAGCGGACAACAAUGAACCCUCAUGUGAGCACCCUUUUGAGGAAACUUAUAGACUUUGAGUGGGCAUCAUAG